CCCACCCAGCACUCCUCGCUCUCAUCUCACCCCAACCCCCUCCACCACCCCGGCCUACUGCCUCCGCAGACUGCAGGCGGCAGCUCUGCUCUGCCCUGCCCUGCCCUGCCCCCCGCGCUCUCCAAUCCCAACGCGCGGCGCAAAGAAAAGCUCGGGGCUUUGCCAAAAUUCACCGCAGCACUUACUCCUGUCUGGCCACCUCACCACCCGCCGCCGCCGCUGUUUAAGAAGGCCCCGCGCCCGAUCGAGGAUCACGAAUCUUGGCCGCCGCCGCCGGAGUGAGGCGUAGAUUUCGGCGGCCAUGGGGGGCGCCGUGUUGGUCGCCAUCGCGGCCUCUAUCGGCAACUUGCUGCAGGGCUGGGACAAUGCGACAAUUGCUGGAGCGGUCUUGUACAUAAAGAAGGAAUUCAACUUGCAGAGCGAGCCCCUAAUUGAGGGCCUCAUCGUGGCCAUGUCCCUCAUUGGGGCAACAGUCAUCACGACGUUCUCUGGGGCAGUGGCCGACUCUGUUGGUAGGAGGCCCAUGCUGAUCGCCUCGGCUAUCCUCUACUUUGUUAGUGGGCUGGUGAUGCUCUGGGCGCCAAAUGUGUAUGUCUUGCUCCUUGCAAGGCUUAUCGAUGGGUUUGGUAUUGGGUUGGCCGUCACACUUGUUCCUUUGUACAUUUCUGAGACUGCGCCGACGGAUAUUCGAGGGCUGUUGAACACACUACCGCAGUUCAGUGGUUCAGGAGGGAUGUUCCUUUCCUACUGUAUGGUGUUUGGAAUGUCCCUCAUGCCCACACCUGAUUGGAGGCUCAUGCUUGGAGUUCUGUCGAUCCCAUCACUUAUUUACUUUGGAUUGACUAUCUUCUACUUGCCUGAAUCACCAAGGUGGCUCGUGAGUAAAGGAAGGAUGGCUGAGGCAAAGCGAGUGUUGCAAAGGCUGCGGGGAAGGGAAGAUGUCUCAGGGGAAAUGGCUCUUCUAGUUGAAGGUUUGGGGGUUGGGAAAGAUACACGUAUUGAAGAAUACAUAAUUGGCCCUGAUGACGAGCUUGCUGAUGAAGGGCUGGCUCCCGAUCCAGAGAAGAUCAAAUUAUAUGGACCUGAAGAAGGUCUAUCUUGGGUUGCCCGACCUGUUCGGGGACAAAGUGCUCUUGGAAGCGCAUUAGGUCUCAUCUCUCGUCAUGGGAGUAUGGCUAGUCAGGGUAAGCCCCUCGUGGAUCCUGUGGUCACUCUUUUCGGAAGUGUUCAUGAAAAGAUGCCUGAGAUAAUGGGGAGCAUGAGGAGCACAUUGUUUCCCAACUUUGGCAGCAUGUUUAGUGUUGCCGAACAGCAGCAGGUGAAGGCUGACUGGGAUGCCGAGAGUCAAAGGGAGGGUGACGAUUAUGCUUCAGAUCAUGGUGGCGAUGACAUUGAGGAUAACCUCCAAAGCCCACUUAUUUCUCGUCAAGCAACAAGUGUGGAAGGAAAGGAGAUUGCUGCACCUCAUGGUAGCAUAAUGGGUGCUGUGGGAAGAAGCAGUAGCCUGCAGGGAGGGGAGGCAGUAAGCAGCAUGGGCAUUGGUGGAGGAUGGCAGUUGGCGUGGAAAUGGACUGAGAGAGAGGGCGAAGAUGGGGAAAAGGAAGGUGGCUUCCAGCGUAUUUAUUUGCAUGAGGAGGGCGUACAAGGCAGGGGUUCUAUAUUGUCAUUACCAGGAGGGGAUGUUCCUCCUGGUGGUGAGUUCGUCCAGGCUGCAGCUCUUGUGAGUCAACCAGCUCUUUACUCAAAGGAACUGCUGGAGCAACGUGCUGCUGGUCCUGCGAUGAUGCAUCCAUCUGAGGCAGUUGCUAAAGGUCCAAGAUGGGCUGACCUGUUUGAGCCUGGAGUGAAGCAUGCACUGUUUGUUGGCAUAGGAAUACAGAUCCUGCAACAGUUUGCUGGCAUCAAUGGUGUUCUCUACUACACUCCUCAAAUUCUUGAGCAAGCAGGUGUUGGUGUUCUUCUGUCGAACAUUGGCCUUAGCGCAUCUUCUGCAUCAAUUCUUAUUAGUGCCUUGACAACCUUAUUGAUGCUUCCAAGCAUUGGUAUUGCAAUGAGGCUCAUGGAUAUGUCUGGAAGGAGGUUUCUUCUCCUUGCGACAAUCCCUAUCUUGAUAGUUGCCCUAGCUAUCUUGGUCGUGGUCAAUAUUGUGGAUGUGGGAACCAUGGUGCAUGCUGCACUCUCCACGAUUAGUGUCAUAGUCUAUUUCUGCUUCUUUGUCAUGGGGUUUGGGCCUAUUCCCAACAUUCUCUGUGCAGAGAUCUUUCCCACCACCGUCCGCGGCAUCUGCAUAGCCAUCUGCGCCUUAACCUUCUGGAUUGGUGACAUUAUCGUGACAUACACACUUCCUGUGAUGCUGAAUGCCAUCGGGCUCGCUGGUGUCUUUGGGAUAUACGCCGUCGUUUGCAUCCUGGCUCUUGUAUUUGUAUUCAUCAAGGUGCCAGAGACAAAGGGCAUGCCUCUCGAGGUCAUCACUGAGUUCUUCUCCGUUGGAGCAAAGCAAGCCAAGGAAGCCAGGGAAGAUUAAUCACCCAGACCCAGAUAUCAGCAUCGCUUGCGGACUUGCGGUAAUUUUGUGGUUUGCAUACUUCGCUGUGGUUGAAUCCUGUGAUGUCUUGUGAAAGAAACUUGACCGACGAAGUGGGGACCGGGGGACCGCAGGGCACCUAAAGAGAUGAUUUGGCUGUACAUUGUGAGGCUUGAUUCUGUCAUAGACUGGCCUUCAGAACUAGGAAGGAUGUGUAGAUCAUCAUCUGUUAUUUUUUUUUGCUUGGAGACUUUGUGCUUGUGUUCGUUGGUUUUUUUUUUGGGGGCCUAUGUAACUAGUGGUGUAUGACAGUUAUGCUAUUGGUUUCUUUGUGUUGUCAACUUCAUCUCUGUCAGUACUGUAUUUGCGCAGCGAGUGCGUGGAAAUCCUGUUGUUGGCAGAAUGCUAGUGCAGUUGUGUUUUCA